AUGCGAAUAGACGAAUCUCGAGGGAGAUCAGCAGCUGAUCAUAUAAAUUUCAUGUCAAAGCAGUUAUCUGAAUUUGAAUAUCGAAUGAUGCGAAGAGCACCGACGGAUAGAGAAAAAUGGAGGGCUUUCUACCGUAUCUGGUGUUUGAAGGAGGCUGUGCUGAAAGCCACAGGGACGGGAUUAGUGGACGAUCUAGCAGUUUUUGAUUUCCAUACGACUGAAGAGCCUUAUGGCCCCGGUUAG